AUAGUGAUGUACUUAUUUUGAUGUGUCUUUGCGUACAUUUAACAUGUACCGUAUUUUGGAAUUAAACAAUGGCUGAUUUUUAUUAUCAUACACGACAAUACAUUUCGUAGAAUUUUUACUAAAAAAUGUUUAUGUACCAUUGUCUAGUGUACAUGUACCUGUCAUACUGUAAUACGUACCAACUAGUCAAAUUAUACAAAAGAUAUAAGUGGCCCUCUAAACUUAUUGUACAAAAGAAACAUAUAUAUUAGAGAAAAUAAUGAUUGGUCUUUACGUGAGACCAUAGUGACUGACACAAAAGAGAGAGAAGAAAGAAAAAUGUAACAUGCAAAAAUGUGUUACCUGACACAAGCGGUGUCUUUCCUGUUAAUUAACUUUCUCUAAUAUAACACAAAAUAAGUUAAUUUGGUGGCCCCGGGUAAACGAGUGGCUAUGAAGCUGGAGUAGAUCGCGUUAGCGUUACCGCCUCCGCUGUCCAGUCAACCCACUAUAAUUAGCUUCAAUUCCUCUUGUUUCUGCCUGCAUGCAAAGUCUCAGGAGUUCAGGACACCUUCGUUCUGAAUGCACAUCUCCUGAAAUUAAGGACGAGCGAGCUAGCUAGCUAGCCCGAUCGAUCGAUCGAUCGUUCGUCCACACUGACACACAACACAGAGAUCCAAAUCGCCCUCAUCGAUCUCGACCUCCUGAUCCGCCUGCCGCCGCCGCCGCUGAUCAUCGAUCUCGACGCCGGCAGCGGCAACGUCGACGUACGCCUGCCCGGCGGGCCCACCUCGUCAGAGGAAGGCGUCGUCGUCGUCUAGCUCCCUCUCGCGCGCGAUUCAAACGCCACUGCACACUCUCCCGCGCAAGCAAGCUCCAUCGAUCGGAGAGAAUGGCUUGCGCCGCGUGACGCGAUCAACGGACAGGAUGGACGUGUUCGACGGCGUCUACUUCGUGCGUCUCCGUUGCCAAGUCCGGCGGAACAAGUACCUGGCCGCCGACGACGACGGGCGGAGCAUCUGCCUAACGGGCCAGCGGCUCUCCCACAACACCGUAUGGGCCGUGCAGCACCUGGCGGGCUCCCCGGGCGCCGAGGGCGGCCCGUUCGUGCUCCUGCGUGGCGCCUACGGCCGCUACCUCUUCGCCACGGACAUCCAGGCCUCCACGGGCCCGGCCCACGGCGUAACGGCGGUCCAGCACGGCCGGCCGCACCGGAACACCCCACAGGGCCUCCUCUGGCAGGCCAUCCGCCGCCGCCGCUCCUUCGUGCUCCGCUCCGCCGCGGGGAGAUACCUCCGCGCCAACGGGAAGUACCUCCGGUGGCGGAUGGCGGUGACUGUCGCCGGGGAUACGGGGAGCACCAUGCUGCAGUGGAGCGUCGAGGCUGUUCCUGCUCGGCUCGAGCGGCCCACCCUCGUCGACCCCCCCGCCCAGGAGAUGAGGAGGAGGAGGGCGCCGGCGACGGAGCAGGAGGUGGCGAGGGUGGUGAGGUACGUGCGGGCGGCGGCGAGCGGGGCGGUGGACGAGGCCGGGUGGAGGACGGUGAGGAUCAACACCAACAGCCUGAUGCAGCUGCGGCUGACGCUGGCCAACCUGCUGGGGCAGAACCGGUCGGCGCUGCACACCACGCUCUGCGUCAGGGCCGGCCGCUACGCCGAGCUCUCGCCGCUCCUCGUCAACCUCCCCGUCAGCAACGACCGCAUCGACAUCGUCAUCGUCGCACACGGCACGCCAGCGGACAGCGCGUUGCGGUACCCGAAUGUGGAAGCUGAUCCGGAAUGAUCCGAGGACAUCCAAGUGACAUCAUUUAUUAGGGUUCUUGUUCGAAUAUUAAUUCCUUGACAUCAUUAUUAAUUAGGGUUUCCUCUCAUUCUACUAUUAAUUUGUUCCUAGACGGUGACAUAUAGCUUAGUUUGGCAAUACUAUUAGUGUACAAGAGACUAUAAUAUCAGGUGAGUCGUAGCUUGUGAACAAGUGCUUGUAGAGAGCAGGUGAUUGAUGGAUGGUUUUGACACUACUCAUAGUAUUUUUUUGAACUCAUAGUAUGUAGUUGGUCAACAUACUUAAUGAACAGGCAGUAAUUAAGUCUGCCUUAUGAUUUU